AUGGCGAACACAGUCUCGGAACUCAAGCAGACCCUCACCCCUGCACUCCUCGAUGAAGUCCGCGACUUCUGGUUCUCUCAUUUCCCCAACGAGGAUGCAUUGAUUCUCCCGGGUAUGAACGAAAUGAUGAAAUGGUUCAAGAAAGAUGAAGAAUUCGACAAUGCCUGCGUUGCGCAAUUCCAGCCAGCCCUGGAGUCAAUUCUCGCCUCCGGUGCAUCCGCAACGGAUAUUCUUGAUUCUUUUGACUCAAAAUCACCAUUAACCUGGCUCAGUUUGAUAAUCUUGCUGGACCAAGUACCCCGAAACUGCUACCGCGGCGACAAGUCGAAGCUAGUCUUCGAGCGAUUCGACCCACUCGCGCAGGAGAUUGCACUGCGUGGCAUCGAAUCGGGUGUGCCAACUUUGUCUUCGCAUAUGAGAUAUCGCCUCGCAUAUCGAUUCUGGUUCCAUCUUCCCCUGAUGCAUUCAGAGAGUCUUGCUAUUCAUGAACAGGCUAUCAAGGUACAUGAGGAUACUGCGAAGGACAUGGAGGAUCUCUUGCAGCGGGAUAUCGCAACGCUUGACGAAGAUGAGAAAAUGUGCUACAAUUUUCUCUCCGGUCAGAAGGAUGCUCUUUCAGGAUAUCUCAGUAACGGCUUAGACUUUGAGAAAAGGCAUAAGGUUAUCAUUGAGCGAUUUGGGCGGUAUCCCCAUCGAAACUCAGCAAUGGGGAGGGAGCCAACUAAGGAAGAGAUUGACUACCUGGAGAAUGGAGGAGAAACCUUUGGGUGA